AUGUCAAAAGUGCAAGCUGGAGCGAUCGUGCCUGUACAUCGGGACUCGCGUACUUUGGAGCAACGACGACGCGAUUUCGUGACAGAUUUAGAACGCGAUUAUGGUGACCCGAGUCGAUGGUCUCUGGCCCCAUCGAGCAUGUUCAAUCGGGAUUGGUUUCAGGAAAUCAACCGUUGGAUUGCGAAUAUUCAUCAACGCUGGAAUGAUGACAUCCGACGAAUGCAUGGGGAUUUGUUAUCUCUAGUGCCAUCGUACGAUUGGGAACCGUUUCGCCUCGGUGGAUUUGAUCACGUUGGAUCGAUUCUGGCUCGUAUGGAUCGAGAAAUGCAAAUGUUACGAAAUGAAAUGUUCUCCAAUAUGCACGGGACGGGUGAUGACCACAGAACAUUUGGCGGUCUUCUCGAUUUCCUAAACAAUGCCUACGAACCUGGAGAAGACGGACGUCUUCAUUUCAAAGUCAGAUUUGAUGUUCGGGGAUACAAUCCGGAAGAUAUUCGGGUCACCACGGGACCUCGACAAUUGACUGUACAGGCAAAACGCAGCGAACGGACUAGUAAUUCGGCCAGCAGGAGUGAAUUCUGUCGUAGUAUCUACUUGCCCGAGUCAGUCGAGGAUGACAAAUUCAAAUGUUUUUUGAGUGAUGUAAGUCCCGGGGAGAGUAUUUCAUGUACACUGGUUUCGUUUUGUUUUAUACUUAAAUCGUAUUUUUGUUGCAUGUUUAUCUGUCAAUCAGCAAUUGCACAAUCAAUUGUGUAG